GGAGCACAGCAGCAAAUGUUUCAGAAGUGGACGGCACCGAGCGUCACCGAACCGACAGGAGCCACCAAAUAGGGCUACCGCGCGGGAUUGACUGACCGACACGUCUUCUCGAGGAGGGGGAAUAGUUCAUUUAGCAUCACUAAUUACUCAGUUCGUCCCCUAAAAAGGUGGAUCGCGUAUGGCCGCGAGAUCAAUAUUUGCAACAGUCAAGCUGACACCAUCAGCUGGCAGCGGAAUGGUUGUUUUAAUUAGGGCAUGGCGUCAAUCUGUGGCGGCCGCCAUUUUGCCGGCGGGGGGGGCGGCAAGGCUGAGGCUGUGAACGAGGCGAGUCGGCCAUGAAGCUGAAGCAGCGCAUAGUUCUGCUGUGUGCCGUGCUCCUCCUGCUGGGCCUGGCCAAGAUCUUCCUGCUGGAUGGCGGCGAGGGCUCGGCGGCCAGCAGGCGAGACCUCAGGGCCUUUCGCAAGAUGGAGGCCAGCCUGUCGCUGACGCGGGGCGCCCGCCUGACCCACACCCUGCAGUCCCCGUGGGAGAUCGCAAGCCAGUGGGUGGGUCCCAGAGAGGUGUACCCCGAGGAGGCGCCCGAGCUGGCCGCCGUGCUGAGCGCCCUCAGCCAAGCCCGCAUUGAGCGCGCUGACGUGGGCUACAAGGGCACCCAGCUCAAGGCCUUGCUGGUGCUGGACGGGGGUCAGAAGGUGGUCUUCAAACCCAAGAGAUACAAUCGCGACUACGUGGUCGAAGGGGAGCCGUACGCCGGUUACGAUCGACACAACGCCGAGGUGGCGGCUUUUCACCUGGACAGGAUCCUGGGCUUUCGAAGAGCGCCCCUAGUGGUGGGAAGGCACGUGAACCUGCGCGUGGAGAUCAAGCCGGUUGCCAGCGAGCAGUUGCUCGGCACCUUCCUGACUCAGGGCAACAACACGUGCUUCUACGGGAAGUGCUACUACUGCCGGGAAAGCGAGCCGGCGUGCGGCCAGGGCGACAUCAUGGAGGGGUCUUUGACGCUGUGGCUGCCCGAUGUCUGGCCGCUACAGAAGCACCGACACCCCUGGGGUCGAACGUACCGGGAGGGCAAGCUCGCCAGGUGGGAGUACGACGAGAGCUAUUGCUCGGCGGUUAAGAAGAUGGCGCCGUACGACGCGGGGCCACGCCUACUGGAUGUCAUUGACACGGCCAUCUUUGAUUAUCUGAUCGGGAACGCCGACCGGCAUCACUACGAGAGUUUCCAGGACGACGGCGGCGCCAGCAUGCUCAUCCUGCUGGACAACGCUAAGAGCUUCGGCAAUGCCGCCCUGGACGAGCGCAGCAUCCUGGCGCCGCUUUACCAGUGCUGCAUGAUCCGCGUGUCCACCUGGAACCGGCUCAACCUGCUGCGGGGCGGCGCCCUGAGCGCGGCCAUGCGGCAGGCACUGGCCUUCGACCCCAUCCGGCCCGUCCUGGCCGAGCCGCACCUGGCCGCCCUGGACCGCCGCCUGGCCGGCGCGACGGCAACCGUCAAGCAGUGCAUCGAGGCCCACGGCCUCGACAGCACCUUGGUGGAGGACCGCAUGAACUUGCCGCACCCGUGAUUUAAAAAAAAAAAAGAAAAGAAAAGCAGACUUUUUACUGGGGGAACUCACCUCUUGUUUUUCC